AUGUUUGUUGCAUCUCACAACUUUUAUUGGAGCAGAUACUAUGAGCAAAAGCCAGAAACUUUUACUUCCUCCAAAUCCACAAUAUGCGUCUCUGCCCUCGGCGUGAGUCUGCUAGCCGGAGCGGCGGUCGCUGUCUCGCCGACUCUAGCGGAUCUUCCCAAGGUUGGUGCCGAGGCAAUCCGGGUUGCUCUACGUAUGGGGGUAUUGGCUGGGCAAAGGUCUCGGUGUAUUGAAUCUCAGGACCUAUCGAAUGCGCCUGAAAGCUGGGCUGCCGCGGUCAAAGAGCUCGAUGAAGAUUCCGUCCGAAAAGAACUUGAGAGUUUUAAUAUAUCGACGCAUAAUCCGCUUCCUAGCCACGUUUUUGUCAGCGCGGUCAGCGACGACACCAUCACCAUCAGUGGUCCUCCUUCAAAAUUGAAGAAGCUCUUCAGGGUUUCUGAACGUCUUCGAUCAACACGCUACGUUUACUUGCCCAUUUACGGAGGCCUCAGCCAUGCACCACAUAUCUUCAACUCCAGUCAUGUUGCCUCCAUCAUGAAAACUGCAAAUGGAGCGGUGAUGGAACGAGUGAUGGUCAGCUCCCCUUUGAUCUCAAACGCAAACAGUCUCCCGAUUCAAGCAACAACUCCUCGUGGUCUAUUUUCAGCAGUUGUCCAUGAGCUUCUCACGUGUCCCACUCGGACAAAAAUGGCAAGAGAAGGGGCCCUCAAUGUGAUCAAAACCGCUGGGGGAAGGUGCUCUGUGUUUGCCCCCGGGUCAUGUAGUUUGGCUACAGAGAUUGUUUCCCAUGGAAGCAGAAGAGGUUCUGAAUGCGACUUCCAGAUUCUCGAUUUGAUGGGCUGGAUUGACCAGGAUUCGACUGAUCCUGCCCCCCUCAGACACGAAGACUCCAAAAUCGCCAUUGUGGGAAUGUCAUGUCGAAUGCCCGGUGGUGCAAACGACUUGAAUUUGUUUUGGGACUUGCUGAAAGAAGGGCGUGAUGUACACCAAAAGGUACCGGCCGACAGAUUUGAUGUGGAUAGUCAUACCGACCCGUCUGGGAAGACCCGAAACACCAGCCUCACGCCAUUCGGCUGUUUUAUUGACCAGCCCGGGCUCUUCGAUGCCGGAUUUUUCGAUAUGUCACCCAGAGAAGCAGCCCAAACUGAUCCAAUGCAUCGCCUUGCGCUGGUGACGGCAUACGAAGCCCUUGAGCAGUCCGGAUUUGUGCCAGAUCGCACAGAAUCUACCGAUAGGACAGGUAUCUCGACAUUCUACGGCCAAUCGAGCGAUGAUUAUCGUGAAGUCAACGCCGGUCAGACAGUUGACACCUACUUUAUUCCUGGAGGCUGUCGGGCGUUUGCGCCAGGACGUAUAAACUACUUUUUCAAAUUCAGUGGACCAAGUUUCAACUGCGAUACUGCCUGUUCUUCCAGUUUAGCGACGAUCCAGAUUGCUUGCACAUCCCUGCUACAUGGAGACAGCAAUAUGGUAGUUGCGGGAGGUCUCAAUAUUCUCACUAACAGUGAUGGCUUUGCGGGACUGAGCCGAGGCCAUUUUCUCUCGAAGACAGGGGGCUGCAAAACAUUCGAUGCUACCGCGGACGGAUAUUGCCGAGCAGAUGGAAUUGGAUCUAUCGUUUUGAAGCGAUUGGAUGAUGCAGAAAGAGACAACGACAAUAUUCUGGGUGUCAUCAUGAGUUCUGCGACCAAUCAUUCUGCCGAUGCCAUUUCCAUAACCCACCCACAUGCUCCGACACAGGCCGAUCUAUAUCGCCGAGUCAUGAGAAAUGCUGGCAUUGAUCCCCUUGAUGUGGACUUGGUUGAAAUGCAUGGUACUGGUACACAGGCAGGUGACGCAACUGAGAUCGAGUCGGUGACCUCGGUCUUUAGUCCUGCGGCUCCAAACCGCACAAGGACACAACCGUUGCACAUUGGGUCAGUUAAAGCCAAUGUAGGACACGGAGAGGCCGCUGCUGGUAUCAUGGCCCUAAUAAAAGUUCUGCUGAGCCUGCAGAAAGGUAUGAUCCCAAGACAUGUGGGAAUCAAGACUGUACUGAACCCUGCAUUCCCGGAUCUGGGUCGUCUCAACGUCCGAAUACCCCAGGAACAAGUCUCAUGGCCUCGAAGCUCGACAAGAAAGCGCUAUGUAGUUGUCAACAAUUUUAGUGCUGCUGGCGGUAACACCACUCUCUUGCUUGAAGAGCCCCCAGCGCGCCAUGAACCCGAGAAGGACAUUCGAACGGCAUUCACAGUGACGAUUUCCGCCAAAAGCAAGAUCUCACUGAAGAAAAACUUGGAAGCGCUCUUAGUAUUUAUCAAGGGCAUGUCGACAGACGAUCUUCCGCAUCUUUCAUAUACCACAACAGCUCGCCGUAUGCAUCACAACCAUCGCAUUGCUGUGCAUGGGAAUUCAACAGAUACAAUCGCUCGGCAACUUGAGAAGCACUUGGUCACAGCGGAAUCACACCGACCCAUCAGCAGUACGAUACCUUCCACUGCCUUCGUGUUUUCCGGCCAAGGGAGCUUCUACAUGGGCAUUGGACACCAACUCUAUGGGUCCCAUUCGACAUUCCGAAGACAGCUAAAUCAGCUUAACGAUAUUUGUUUGAGUCAUGGGUUCCCAUCUUUCCUUGAGGCCAUACAGCUGCCUGUUGAGCGACAGUCCGCUCCCGAGCCGAUGCCUAUCGUUGUGCAUUUGGCAAUCGUCUGUACAAGUAUCGCAUUGUGCGAAUUUUGGGAAAGUCUCGGAGUAAAGCCAUGUGUCACUAUUGGAGCAAGCCUUGGAGAGUUUGCCGCUCUCUACGCCGCGGGUGUCCUCUCUGCAAGCGACGCCAUUUACCUGGUUGGACACCGAGCACUUUUGAUGCAAGAAAUGUGUACGCCAAAUACCCAUGCUAUGCUGGCAGUGCGUGCGACAGUGGGGCAAAUCCAAGACGCACUGAUUGGACAGUCUUAUGAAGUUGCUUGUAUCAACGGCCCAAACGAUAUCACUUUGACCAGCUCGCUUGAGGGGAUCAGUAGCGCGAGGUUCAAGAUCGAGGCUCUUGGAUACCGAUGCACACAACUCACUGUCCCAUAUGCAUUCCACUCUGCUCAAAUGGGUCCUAUCCUCGACCGAUAUGAGGAACUAUGCAGUGGAGUGACUUUCAAAGAGCCUCAAAUUCCAGUGAUCUCUCCACUCUUGGGCGACUGCGUCUUUGACGCUCAUACCAUCAAUGCAACUUACAUGCGUAAUGCAACGCGUUGCCCCGUUAAGUUUACGGAAGCACUGAAGACUGCCGUUGAGAUGGAACUGGUGGAUGCAAAGACUGUCUGGGUAGAAGUGGGACCCCAUUCCUCAUAUGGUCCCUUUGUUCGCAAUGCGAUGCCCUGGGAUACAAUGAUGGUGUCAAGCCUCAGGCGCGACGAAGAAAAUUGGCACACAUUUUCCCGAAGCAUGGCAGACUUGCACAAUCUUGGAUUCAAUAUCAACUGGCAGACAUGGCAUGCGCCGUUCGAGUCUCAACUGCGGUUAUUGGAUCUUCCAGCAUAUCAGUGGAACGCCAAGAACUACUGGAUUCAAUACAACGGAGACUGGAUGCUGACCAAAGACGCAAAACCAUUGGGAGAGCGCCCCCAGGAAGCUGCAUCCACAUUACAGACUGCCUUCAUCCACAAGGUUAUCAAGGAAACGAUUGACAAGGAUGGUGGUGAAGUCAUCGUUCAAUCUGAUAUAUUGCGAGCAGAUUUCCGAGAUGGAAUGGGUGGCCAUGAAAUGAAUGGAUGUGCAGUGGUAACAUCAUCCGUCUCGCAGUCUAUUCAUGCAGACAUUGCAUUCACCUUGUCCAAGUACCUUCACAUCCGAAUCAAACCCCAGUCUGCCACCCCUGCCACCAAUUUGAAGAACAUGCAAGUGAAGCAGGGUCUUAUCACACGAGAGGACCGCUCUCGGCCCCAGUGGAUCCAAGUACGUGCCGUGGCAGAUUGUGCCACCGACUCUGUCCAGCUUUUCUGGUACACUGUAGAUGACCAAGGAGAGAGGGCCUCAGACUAUUUUGCAACACUCACAGCUGAAUGGGGUGAUUCCGAGACUUGGAUCGACGAAUGGUCGUCCACCUCACAUUUGGUCGCCAGUCGAAUCGAGGUUUUGCAAAGUCUAGCCACACAAGGAACAGCCAGCCGCCUUAAUCGAGAUAUGGUAUAUAUGCUCUUUGGAAGUCUUGUGGAUUACUCAGACAAAUAUCGAGGUAUGAAAACCGUCAUCCUGAACGGCCUGGAAGCAGCUGCAGAAGUGAUACUUGCCCCGGACGAGUCAUCGGGCAAGUGGACAGUGGCGCCAUACCAUAUAGAGAGCAUCGUUCAUCUUGCGGGAUUCAUUUUAAAUUGCGGAAACGCAGUUGAUCAUCGCAAGAAUUUCUUUGUCACACCCGGGUGGAAAUCCAUGCGUUUCGCGCGCCCGUUGGUUUCCGGUCGUCCGUAUAUGUGUUAUGUGAAGAUGACGCCCGUACCCAAACAGUCGGGAUUCUAUGCAGGAGAUGUCUUUAUUCUGCAAGAUGAUGAGAUUGUUGGAUUGGUUGGGGGUGUCACAUUCCGCACAUUCCCGCGCUCUCUUCUGGGUCAAUUUUUCAGUUCGCCUGAUAAGAACAGUGCUGCCGAGCCUGCUCAUGUUACCAGACAGCCUCCUGCAUAUACCCCGGAAGCCCAUGAGGUCUCAACGCCGUCCAGCGGAGCAAGCUCAUCGGAAAGCAUAAGUCGGGCUGCCAGUCCAGCCAAAGAUGCGAGCCCAAUGGUUUGCAAAGAUGAGCAAAUAUCCACCAGACCACCCGUGGGAGAGAAUCCCAUCAUUGGGCAAGCCAUGUAUUUGAUUAGCAAAGAAACUGAGAUCGAUCUUGAGGAACUCUUGGACGAAACCGAGUUCUCAUGUAUUGGCAUCGACUCGUUGAUGUCUCUCGUGUUGGUGCAAAGAUUUGCGACGGAGCUGCAGUUGGAAUUGCGCAGCUCGUUGUUCUUUGACUGUCCCACCAUUGGGGAUUUCAAAGCGUGGUUAAAGGAUUACUGUUGA